GGUACCGUUCCCAGCCCGGGGACAUCAAGGUCACCCCUUGAGCGACAGCGACAAGAGCUCGGGUGGGCGGGUGUGGGGGGGCGGCUCCCGCUCCCGUUCCUCGCUCCCGCCCCAGCCCGGUGCUCGGCGGCGGAGCCCUGCAGAUGUUGCUCUUCCACCUCCUCCUCCUCCUCUUCGGCAGCCCCAGCAGCUCGGCAGCCGGCCUGGGGGUCACAGCUCGCACCCUCUCCCCCUGCUACUCCGCCGAUCUCAGGCCAGCAGCCAACAGCCUCGUCUCAGCCGUGGGCUGCAAGGUGCUCCUGACAGUACCACCACUGAACACCAGCCAGAUUGUUUUCUGGGAAUACCAGUCUGGCCCCUGGGCAGGAGUCAUCCUCAGCUACACCCUGGAUGGCCCCACCAACACCUCUCAGCCCUACGAGAACCGCACCAGCUUCAACGAGACAGACUGCUCGCUGCAGCUGGUGCUGCAGAAGGGUGAUGAGGGGCUCUACAGGUUCAGGUCCAGCUUGGAGGCCACCGACUGGUUCCAGCUCCGUGUGCUGGAGCCGCUGCCCGAGCCGGAGAUCCUGGGCAACGUCUCCGUGAAGGCUGGGGGCAACACCAAGCUGGUUUGCCACGUGCUGGAGGGGCAGGUGGACUCCUACUGGUGGAAGAAAAAUGGGGAGCUGCUGCUGGGCAGCGACCACAUCCAGUUUGUGGACCACGGCACCUUGUGCAUCCUCAAAGCCUCCAUGAACGACAGCGGCUACUACACCUGCGUGGUGCGCAACGAGGUCAGCCAGAAUGAGGCCUCCUUCCUGCUCCAUGUCCAGAAUUCCCCCAACGUGGUGCUGCCUGUAAUCCUGGCCUGCGUGCUCGUCGGCUCGCUGGCGGGUGUCUUCGUGUGGUGCAGGAGCAGAGGCCGCCAGCGCCUGUAGGGGAGAUGCCUUCGGCUCUUCUGCUGGGGGUGGCUCUGCUCCUCCAGCCACAGGCAGAGAUCUUGAGCAGCUCUGUCCUUGCUGCCUUCUCCAGUGGUGGUGCUGGUGGAAGAUGCUGCCUGGGGAGUGCCAAAUGUCUGCUGCUGUCCCAAGCUCUUCUGGGCUCUCCUGAAUUGCUCAAGCUGCUGAACCCCUCAACCCUGCCUGUCAGCCACCACCUUGGAUGACUUCUGUGGUGUGCUGCCCUUCCCCAGGACCCCUUGUGCAGCCCUGGGGCACAGGUGGGCAUGGGCCUGCCUGGUGACCCAACUGCUGCUGUGCUCCAGAGCUCCUCACCCCUCCUGGGGCUUCCUCCAGAGGCUGUGUGGGGUGAGUGCUUGGAGAUGACUCUGGGAAGAGUCCCCAUCCCCACCAGGCAGACACAUGGUCCUGGGGAGUGCCAUGGUGCUGGGCCCUGCCUCCCCAAGCUUUGAGCCCCUCAGUGUGCUGUGCUUGGGGCUUGCCAGGCUGGCCUAGGGGCUGAGGUCC